AUGCAAAUCUUUUUGGAGUCUAUUGAUAGAGGUAUUUGGGAUGCUAUUUUAAAUGGUCCUUUUGUUCCUACUAUUACUGUUAAUAAUUUGCAGGAACCUAAGCCUUUUUCCCAAUGGACUGCGGAAGAAAAUAGAAGGGCUCAAUAUGAUGUUAGGGCCAGAAAUAUAAUAUCAUUUGCACUAACUCUUGAUGAAUUUUAUAGAAUUUCAGUUUGUACAAGUGCCCAGGAAAUGUGGGAGAUUUUACGAGUAACCCAUGAAGGAACAGAUGAUGUUAAGCGUGCAAGGAAGAACUCAUUAAUUCAAGAAUAUGAGAUGCUCCGAAUGCAACAAGGCGAAACCAUCUGUGAUGUGCAAAAGCGUUUUACGCACAUCGUCAAUCAUCUUUCUGGGUUAGGUAAAAAUUUUGAUAUUGAUGAGUUAAAUAUAAAAAUUCUAAAAUCUUUGAACAGGACAUGGCAGCCAAAGGUUACGACGAUCACUGAAUCUCAAAAUCUUACAAUAAUGUCCAUGGCGGCUCUUUUUGGUAAAUUGAGAGAGCAUGAACUUGAACUUGGGCGUUUAAAUGAAGAAGAGGACCAAGGAAGGAAAAGGAACAUAGCUUUCAAAUCUGAGAUCAUCAAAAGCAAAAUCCCCAAAGAAGAUAAUGACUCUGAUGAUGAGAAUAUGAGUCUAAUGAUAAAGAAGUUCACAAAGUUUAUGAAGAGCAAUGGCAAAGGUCAUCACAAAAGGUAUAAAAACGAAAACCAAAACUUUGUUUCAAAAUUCAAUUGCUAUGGAUGUGGUGAAACAGGUCACGUAAAAAUGGAUUGCCCAAAUGCUAAAAAGGGUAAAGAGAAGAACGGCAAAAAGGUUUUCAAGAAAAAGAAAUCGGAGGAUAACGAUUCAAGUUCUUCUUCAAGCUCAUCCAGCUCUAAUGAAUCUGAUGAGGAAGCAAAUCUAUGUUUGAUUGCUGAACAUGACUCUUCUGAUAGUGAGGUAAGUUCUUGUAGUAAUGACAAUGAUUAUGAUUCUUUGUAUGAUGCAUUUCAACAACUACUUCAUAAAUCUAGUAAGUUAGAUGCCGCUCACAAGAAAUUAAAAUAUGAUUUUAAGGAGUUACAAAAAGCUAAGGAUAGGAGUAACCUGAUGGUUGUUAUUUUGGCUACAGAGGGAUCACAGUCCAGGUUCCGUUCUGCUCAAGAGCUUUCAGUUCCUCUGCCACAGCCUUUUGCCAAUUUUCAUGUUGUGAAGCAACUUCAUAUGAUUCUGGUUCUUCGUGAGAGUCAAUGGAGCAAACAACCUACUUGA